GUCCGCCUUGCCUUGCUUACUAUAGUUUUGUGUUUUGUGCACAACAAUCGAAGUGAAAUUUCAUUCAAUUAUGAAACGUGCUGUUAUCUUUAAAAAUGGUACUAAUAUUGAGGGAAAGCUGAUUUGUGUCACUGAUUCGCUCAAGGAUCUCCUUAUUUCUGCUGGAAGUAAACUAGGUUUUGAAGCAAAAAAACUUUUCACAAGUCAAGGAGGAGAAGUGGAUGACAUAAGUCUUAUAAGGGAUGAUGAAACUUUGUAUGUAUCUGCUGGUGAAGCCUUUUUAGCUUCUAGCCAAUCAAAAAAUGUAGAUGGAAGUGCAAUAUCAAUCAAAGAAAGUUGUUGUUGUACAACUCAACCAAGUUCUUCAUUUAAGAAUUCAGAAUGGGUGCUUUUAAAUGUUGGAGGCAAACGUUUUGCUACUACAAGGAGUACUCUAAUUACCAAAGAACCCAACUCUAUGUUAGCCUGUAUGAUUGCGUCUGAAGAAAGUUCUGUUUUGCGUCCAAGCUCUGUUGAUGAACAUGGAGCAUUUUUGAUUGACCGCAGCCCAAGUUAUUUUGAACCGAUAUUAAAUUAUUUAAGGCAUGGACAAUUAAUCUUAGAUAAAUCAAGCAACCCACAAGGUGUUCUAGAGGAAGCAAGAUUUUUUGGCAUAGAAAGUCUUGUGAAGCUCUUGGAAAAAGUUGUCCAGGAUGAACUACUUCAUACUUCUAAUUCUUCUGCUCUUACUAGGAGAGAUGUUAUAAAUACUUUGAUUUCGACAUCAUAUGCUACUGAACUAAGAUUUCAGGGGGUGAAUUUAUCUGAAUCUGAUUUGUCACGAUUGGAUUUAAGGCACAUAAAUUUCAAGUAUGCGAACCUGCAUCGAUCUAAACUUACUGGAGCUAAUCUUAGCUAUUGCUGCCUUGAGCGAACUGAUUUAUCUCAAGCUAAUCUUGAGGGAGCAGUUCUACUUGGAGUCAAAAUGUUAUGUGCAAACUUAGAAGGGGCUAAUUUGAGAUCUUGUAAUAUGGAAGAUCCUGCUGGAAACCGAGCGAACAUGGAAGGAGUUAACCUCAAAGGUGCUAAUUUAGAAGGAAGUCAAAUGGCUGGUGUUAAUCUUAGAGUUGCAACACUUAAAAAUGCAAACUUGCAGAAUUGUGAUCUUCGUGGUGCUGUUUUAGCUGGAGCUGACUUAGAGAACUGUGAUUUAUCUGGCAGUGAUUUGCAUGAAGCCAAUCUAAGAGGUGCAAAUUUGAAAGAUGCUGCUUUUGAACUUAUGCUAACUCCUCUUCACAUGGCUCAGGCUAUAAGAUAGUUUUAUUUCUUAUGCUAA